AUGGAAACCGAAGGCGGAGGCUAGGAGCCGAACAACAGCUCUAUCAUAUUUAGCUAAACAGACAACAGCGUUGAAAUCACCCCAUAAAAAGUUAACUCUGAAGAAGACAUCCAGCCCUCUCUCAUUGUAGAGCCAAGGCUAGAAAAUAAAAAGCGCAACAAGUCUUUUUAAAAGAAAAAUAGAGAAUAGAUGAGAAACAGAAUUAAAAACAGUCUCUUUAGUAAUAGCAAGAAUAACAGCGUAGCUUGCAGCAUGGAAAAUCUAGUUGAUACUCUAUAGCAAAAUUAGCAACUACAAUUGCCUGAACAGUCAAAUUCUAUGAACAUCAUUUCAACCUCUAUGGUCCUUUCUUCUGACUUUAACACUUGUGAGACUUCUACUCAACUUGCUGCUCCUGCUCACUCAAAACCAAAUCAUUUCCAAACAGAAACUCACCCAAGGAAGUAAGUCUUCAUCAGACUUCAGUCAUUUGAAGACCAAGACCAGAUAGAGAGGGACAGAGAACAAGGAAUAUUUAAAAUUUCUGGAAACUUCAACGACUUCUAUGAGCUCAAAGAAAUUCUCGGAGAAGGUUGUGUAGGACUUGUGAAGAAGGCAGUCCGUAAAUCAGAUGGAUAAGUGUUCGCAGUGAAGACAGUGAGAACUCGUGAUGAGGAAACCAUUGAAAAUAUUAAGUAAGAGUUCUUACAUUUAAAGUAAUUGAAUCAUCCCAACAUAGUUAAAGUCUAUGAGCUCUACAUUGACAACCUCAGCGGUAAAAUUCACUCAGUUAUGGAACUCAUAAAUGGAAAGGAAAUGUUCGAAGUCAUUCACGAGCUUGGCCAUUAUUCAGAACUAGUUGCCAGUAAAAUAUUUUCUCAAAUCCUCGAUGCUAUUGCUUACAUGCACUAAAACUAUUGCUGUCACCGCGACUUGAAACCCAACAACAUCCUCUGCAACAGUGAUGGCACUGAAGUUAAAAUUACUGAUUUUAAUGUUUCCAAAUUCAGUGAUCACUACAAGAACUAUCAAGGAGGAGAAAGCAUCAUUCACUAGAGCAUCAAGAUGUGUACCUAUACUGGCACAAUGGCUUUUUCUGCUCCCGAAGUAUUCAAUGAAGAAAUUUGCUAUGACGAAACAAUUGACAUGUGGAGUGCUGGCUGUAUCUUAUUUACUAUGCUCUCCGGUAGAGAACCUUUCUAAGCAGAAUAUGUUCAUGACCUUGUCAAGUUAAUUUGCUAAGGAAAGUACAACUUUGAUGACCCAGUUUGGUAAGACAUCUCCUCUGAGGCGAAGGAUUUGAUUUCAAAGUGCUUGACUGUUGAUUCAACAUAAAGAAUAAAACCAGAAGAGGCUUUAAAGCAUCCUUUUAUCACAAGAGCUAGAGUAAGCAGCAGCUUUUCUUCUAUGACUAAUGAAUGUGCCUCACCUGUUAAAAUUCCCAUUAUCGAUAUUUAAUAAAUCCAACCCUUUAUUGAAAUUGAAGAAGAAAGAAAUGAAGGGGUAAGCACUACUCCUGCUAAUGCAAAUUUAUGUAGAAAAUAAUUAAGCCAAAACAUAGACAGACUCAUUGUAAAUAACUCCAAAAAGAAUAAAAAUUUAACUAAAUUUAGCAAUGAGCGUCCUAGAGCUGUUAGUAGCAUUUGCAUCUAACUUUGCAACUAAUUUGAUUACCAGAGCUUACUAAAUAAUCAAUAAACGUUAAAUGGCCACUAAUUCACCGAAUUGGAAAAUCAUGAAGAAUAAGAAGAAGAAAAUGAUGAAUAAUACAAUGAAGAAUAAUUCUAGAGAAAAAGAAAGAAAAAAUUUACUAUGAUAUUUAGUAAGGAAGACUGCUUUUCAAAUCACGCAGAUACUGACUCAAGUUCAAAUAAUCUUGUUAAUAAAAAUGAAUAAAAUAAAGUUAGUAAAGAGCAAACUAAAAAUUAAAGUAUUUGCAAAUUGCCAUAAUUUGACUCAUUAAAAAACCGUUCUACUAACUGGAAAAAAAAAUCAAAUUAAUCAAGCACUUAAAAUUUGUUAGAAGAUUCAUCACAGUAGCAACUAGACAAUUAAAAUAUGACAACAUCUUCUUCUUCAUCUUCUUCCUUAUCUUCUUCUUUGAGUCCUAAAAACUAAAGUUUCUCAAACAGUCGUAAUAGAAAUUCUAAAUCCAAACAAAACUUAUACUGGAACGAUGAAGAAUCUGAAAAUUAUUCUGUCUCUGAUUUCGUUUCAAAUAACAACGACUCAAAAAGCAAAAGAAAAAGCAAUAGUAAAACUGCUUCUAACGAAAGCAGCAUGUCAUUCAUCAAAAAUGCAUUCAAAUCUUUUAAAAAGAGAUUCGUUUUUUCAUUCUAAAGAAGCAAUUUGAACAGCCAAACCCAAAGAAGCUUUUCUUGUGACAUUUAAAAUUCUGAAGAUUUUAAAAAAAUGCAAGAAAAUCAAGAAGCCUUGAUAAAUGAAAUCAAUCUGCUUAGAUGCAAAGAAAACUCCAAUAAAAACUAAUAAAUUAACCAAUCUUAUUGCUCAUUCACAAGCGGCAUUGAGGCUCUCUCAAAGCUCUGCGUACCAACAAUAAAUAGAUUAAUUAACCCACAAAGCAAAUUCAGCAACAGUAAAAAUGUUAAUUCCAGUGCAAACCCAAGAGUAGAAAUCAACAUCAAAGAAUGA